UUUCUUCAAUGUUGUCAAGAGGUUGCCGAACAACACCCAGAAAUUAAAUAUGAUGAAAUGUACUUAGAUACAGUGUGUUUAAAAAUGGUUCAAGACCCAUCUCACUUCGAUGUAUUGGUCAUGCCCAAUCUCUAUGGAGAUAUAUUAAGUGAUCUUUGUGCUGGACUAGUUGGAGGACUAGGAGUGACACCUAGUGGAAAUAUUGGUGAAGAAGGAGCCAUAUUUGAAUCUGUUCACGGAACAGCUCCAGACAUUGCCGGACAAGACAAGGCAAAUCCCACAGCUCUUCUCUUGAGCUCUAUCAUGAUGCUGAGAUAUAUGGGCUUCACAAGCCAUGCUGAUAAAAUUGAAAAUGCAUGUUUUGAUACUAUCAGGGAGGGAAAGGUUCGAACAGCAGACUUGGGUGGGACAGCCAAGUGUUCACAAUUUACAGAAGAAAUUUGUCUCAAGAUACAGAAUUCAUGAUGAAUCAUUAAAUAUUUUCUCUAGCUGUGUUCUUUUUUUUAUUUAUUUAUUUAAAAUAGUAGCCUGAAUUUGAAAGCAGAAGUUAGCUGUAGAGUAGAACAUUUUAAAACUAGUAUUCGGAAUACUUCUUCAAGGAAGUUAAUGGUGUAUUAUCUUCCUUAUGUUUGGUUGUUUAUCGAUACGUAAAUUUGAAGGUUUGUACUUCUAACAAAUAAAUAAAUUUUUAAUAGUUUUAUGAAGAUUAAGAUACACUAGUGACCUCUGAAGAUCUUUACCUUCAAAUACAGUGUAGUUUUAUAGCCAUACUUCAUAUGUAUUCAGUAUUUUCAUUGAAAUAAUACUUUUUCUUUUAAAAGGCAAUGUCAAAUGUAACCUAAAGUUACAAUAUUUGAUUUUUAUUCUUUAUGUACAUCAUACAGUAGUUUGUUAGAUUCACAUUGGUAAAAAAAAAACAUUAUUUAUAUGCAAGAUGAAUAUUUGAAAUAUUAAUACUACAGAUAUCAUGAUUAUAGUAGUAAUGUUAUUAUUAUAAAAUAAAAUGCCAAAAUGUGAAUAUAUUCAAAAAGAUUUUGUUGUUUCUGUUGUAUUAUAUUCAAGCAUUAAAUUGAGAUAUUCAUGAAACGUUUCGUUGGUAACACUUCUUUGUAAAUAAUACAAAGUUAGUUCCAGAAUCUUUAUUACUUGUUGCUUUAUAAGUUCUAAAACUUGUACCCCAUAUAGUGAAGUAAAAUAAAACAUUGGCCUAA